AUGGCACCAUCAACACGUAAUGCGAAAAUAAGCAAACGCCCCCCAACAGAUGUACCACAAAGCAACUCCACAUCUAAUAAACGUAGGCGAGUCGGGUCUGCGGAACAAAAAGUUGAAGAGGUGGAUCUUAGAGACGUGAACUCUGAUUCUGAUCUCGCUCGCGUUCUCGAGCGUCAAAGAGCAGCCACGGUGAAAGCCCAGCAGGAUGAAGCGGAUAAGCCGACGAAAUUAGCCGGUGUCACCUGCGUAAUAUGCAUGGAGGAGAUGACAAACAUCACUGUAACCCAUUGCGGCGAGAAUCAAGACGGGAAAGGACAGUCAAAAUGCCCAAUGUGUCGAAAGAUCGUUCGACGUCCAAAGGACAAGGGCGUCGGCCAGAAUGUUAUCCCCCUCGAGAUUAAAGUUGCCACUAGUGGAAGAGCGUAA